AUGGGGACUGGACACUUAAGGCCUCAAAUCUUAACUUAUCUCCCUCUUUUCUCCUCUGCCCUCCACCCUUGUUCUUCUUCAAAGGCUGAAAAAAAUGAGGAUGGAGACCAAAAGAUCGAGCAAGAUGGCAUCAAACCAGAAGAUAAAGCUCAUAAGGCAGCCACCAAAAUCCAGGCCAGCUUCCGUGGACACAUAACAAGGAAAAAGCUCAAGGGGGAGAAGAAGGGAGAUGCCCCAGCAUCUGAGACUGAUGCCACCGACAAGAAGGAGGAAGGCCCUGCUGGUGGAGCGGCCGAGAACAAAGAAAGCGAGGCUCCUGCUGCCACAGAAGCAGCCGCCGCUGACAGUGCCCAGCAGGAGGAGGGCAGCAAAGACAGCAGUGCGCCAGCGGAGGAGAAAAAAGGAGAUGGAGCCACCGACACGGGCUCAGAGCAGCCAGCCCCACAGGCUGCCACUCCUGCAGCUUCCUCAGAGGAAAAGCCCGCUGCUGCCACUGCCCCCGAAAGGGAAAGUGCCACUAAAGCUUCCACUGAUAACUCGCCGUCCUUGAAGGCUGACGAAGCCCAAGACAAAGAGGAGCCUAAACAAGCCGACGUGCCUGCUGCUGACACCACUGCCACCACCACCCCUGCUGCAGAGGAUGCUACUGCCAAGGCAACAGCGCAACCCCAAAUGGAGACAGUGGAGAGCAGCCAAACCGAAGAGAAGACAGAUGCUGUAGAAGAAACCAAACCUACUGAAAGUGCCCAGCAGGAAGAGGUGAAAGAAGAAGAGAGCAAGGCGGACCAAGAAAAUGCCUGA